AUGGGCGCUCUGCCCAAAUGUGAUGUAUGCCAGUACCAUCAUUCCGGCCAGUGCAGGUUAAGGAAAUGUGAGUCUUACGGGAAGACUGACCAUUCGAAGGAAACAUGCUGGGCUGGUACUGGUACAGGUCGUGGUGGUCAAAGGGGUUUUGGAAACAACAACCGUGGCGGUAAUGGAUAUGGGAACCGCCCACAAGGAGGAAAUGGCGGAAAUGGAAAUGUUGGGAAUCAAGCUGGAAACCGUGGAGCGAAUAACAAUCAAGGUGGUAAUAGGAACGGUAAUGGUCGAGGACCAGGUUGUUUAAAUUGUGGAGACAUGGGGCACUUUAAGCGAGAAUGCCCAAAGCUCAAUCAGGCACAAGAAGAGUUUUUAACAUCGGAGCGAGGGAAGCUUGCCAAGAUCCAAAUGUGGUUACUGCCAGUAAGUUAG